GAGAGAGAGAAAGUUUUUUUCUUUUUGAGUUGAUUUUUAUUCUUCUUUACUUCUCUUUUUCGUCAAACCAAAACAAAUCCAACGGUGUUCGUGUUCUUCAUCCUCCUCAAAGAAGAAGAAGACAACCCAAGACCCAACAAUCCUUUCCUUAAAUCUCAUCUUCAUCUUCUCCUCUUCUCAAGCUUUUGUUUUUGAUCCUUGUGUUCAAAUUUGGGGGUUAUUGUCUAGAAAUGGAAGAUGGGUCUGAAGCAGACAAGAACAAAACACCUGAAGGUGUUGCUGCUACUGAGAGUAAGAGUAAACGGAAAAUGAAAACAGCUGCUCAGCUUGAAGUUCUUGAGAACACCUACAAAGCUGAGCCGUAUCCUUCGGAAGCUAUAAGAGCGGAUCUCUCAGUUCAGCUGAAUCUCUCCGACAGGCAGCUACAGAUGUGGUUCUGUCACCGCCGUCUUAAAGACCGCAAAUCUUCUACUCCGACCAAACGCCAGCGUAAAGAGUCCACACCCUCCGCGGCUGAGUCCUCCAAACAGGCCGUCAAUGCCGCUGAUUUGGUGGCGGGAAUUGAGCAUAACUCUUUUGAUUCUAGAAGAACAGCUCGAGGAGGCGGCGGUGGUGGUGGUGUAACGGUGGUCAGGCGGUUUAAUGAACCGUCUCCGGCUGAGGUUAGAGCUGUCGGUUACGUGGAAGCUCAAUUGGGAGAGCGUCUGAGAGAUGACGGACCCAUUCUUGGAAUGGAGUUUGAUCCUUUACCUCCUGGUGCUUUUGGGACUCCUAUAGAGAUGCCAAGCCAUCGAAAGGCAGCGACUAGGCCGGCGUUUGAGACCAACUUAUAUGUCCGGCCCGAUGCAAAGCCUGUUAAAGAUUCUGUGAGGACUAUUCGUGAGUAUCAGUUCCUUCCUGAGCAACCAUCUUCCGAAAGAGCUUCUCCAGCGUCACAUCAUUAUGGAGUUCCGCUUGAUGCUUCAGUGGUAAUGAGGGCUUCAUCAGUGUCUGGUGGACAUCGGGAUGACUAUAAAGUUUCGCCGCAGAUACCAAAUUUGAACCUUUCAGCUCAUCAAGUGAAACUAGGGCACGUCUCUUCGCAUAAUUUGGGUGAAUACGACUCACCGUACCAGAAGAGCUAUGUGGAUCCUGCCCUACAUGGAAACGAGGAUCCUUUUGUGAAACCCGUGAGAGAAGUUGGUAAUGAUGAUGAUGAGGAUGAGGAUGAUGGUGAUGAUGUUCUCCUGCAACUCGAGAGAAAACGCAAGAGUGAAGAAGCGAGAAUAGCUCGGGAAGUCGAGGCUCAUGAGAAGAGAAUCCGAAAAGAGCUUGAGAGACAAGAUAUGCUGAGACGAAAGAGAGAGGAGCAAGUAAGGAAAGAAAUGGAGAGGCAAGACCGUGAAAGACGUAAAGAGGAAGAACGGCUUUUACGUGAAAGGCAGAGAGAGGAAGAGAGGUACCACAAAGAGCAGAUGAAAGAGAUGCAGCGAAGAGAGAAGUUCUUGAAGAAAGAAACAAUCAGGGCUGAGAAAAUGCGACAGAAAGAAGAGAUGCGCAGGGUAAAAGAGGUUGCAAGGCUUAAAGCUGCUAAUGAGAGGGCCAUGGCUCGUAAAAUUGCUAAGGAAUCAAUGGAACUGAUUGAAGACGAACGCUUAGAACUCAUGGAGGUUGCGGCGUUAGCCCAAGGAUUACCUUCAAUGCUCGCCCUCGACUUUGAAACUCUACAAAACCUUGAUGCAUAUAGAGAUAAGCAGGUGACAUUUCCCCCAACAUCUGUAAAUUUGAAAAAGCCUUUUGCUGUGAAACCAUGGAAUGGUUCUGAUGAGAAUAUUGCAAAUCUUCUUAUGGUGUGGAGAUUCUUAAUCACUUUCGCUGAUGUUCUUGGCCUUUGGCCAUUUACUCUUGAUGAGUUUACUCAAGCAUUUCAUGACCACGACCCACGACUCAUGGGAGAGAUUCACAUUGUCCUUUUGAAGACUAUAAUCAAAGAUAUUGAAGGUGUUGCAAGAACACUUUCAGUCGGCGUUGGAGCGAACCAGAACGCUGCAGCUAAUCCCGGAGGGGGUCAUCCUCAUGUCGUGGAGGGUGCAUAUGCGUGGGGUUUUGACAUACGCAGCUGGAAAACAAACUUGAAUGUUUUUACUUGGCCUGAGAUCUUGAGGCAACUAGCUCUCUCUGCCGGGUUGGGACCGGAACUAAAGAAACAGGACAUUAAAACCAUGUCUGUUCACGAUGAAAACGAGGCCAACAACUCUGAGAACGUGAUUUUCAACUUGAGGAUUGGAGCAGCAGCUGAGAAUGCUUUUGCCAAGAUGCAAGAAAGAGGUCUUUCUAAUCCGAGACGUUCACGGCAUCGUUUGACUCCAGGAACAGUUAAAUUUGCUGCCUUUCAUGUUCUGUCUAUUGAAGGUGAAAAAGGUUUGACAAUUCUCGAGGUUGCAGAGAAGAUUCAGAAAUCAGGAUUGAGGGAUCUAACUACGAGCAGGACACCUGAAGCUUCGGUUGCUGCUGCGCUGUCUCGAGAUACAAAACUAUUUGAGAGAGUAGCUCCUUCUACGUACUGUGUGCGUCCUUCCUAUAGAAAGGAUGCAGGUGAUGCCGAGACUAUAUUUGCUGAAGCGAGGGAGAGAAUACGCAUGUUCAAAAGCGGUGUUACCGAUGUGGAAGAUGUUGAUGAAGCUGAGAGAGAAGAAGAUUCCGAAAGCGAUGUAGGAGAUGAUCCAGAGGUUGACUUGAACCUCAAAAAGGAAGAUCCUGAUGCUCUGGAGAUAGAAAAGUUAACCGGUGUAGAAAAUGGGAAACUGGAAACCGAACCGGGCCUACCACUUACUCCCUCUCUCCUGGAGGAUACAAAAGCUGAGAAAAUAGAUAUCUUACCAAAUCAAUCUCCAGAGGAUACUGUAGCAGAUGAAGGUGACAGUGCUGAUUUUGACGUGAGUAAACUUGGAGAACAAUGGGUGCAAGGACUCGUAGAAGGAGACUAUUCGAGUCUCAGCGUCGAGGAACGUUUAAAUGCACUUGUUGCUCUGAUUGGUAUUGCAAUCGAAGGAAACACAAUCCGAAUCUCCCUUGAGGAACGUUUGGAAGUUGCGAGUGCGUUAAAGAAACAAAUGUGGAGUGAAGUACAACUCGAGAAACGAUGGAAAGAAGAGUCUUUGAUUCGUGCGAAUUACCUUUCGUACCCAACACCGAAGCUUGGGACUCAAGAAAGUCCAUCAGCAGAUCAUGUGGCGCCAAUCUCCGCACAGGACCCGUUGAGUAUCGAUGUAGCAGGACCAAGCUUGCAGUUGCAAGAGAAUGUAUCUGGAAUGGAGAAUUCGCAGUAUCAUCAGCAGCAGCAGCAGAGUUACACAGCGGACAGAGAAAGGCUCCGUGCAGAGUUGAAAGCGUACGUUGGAUAUAAAGCUGAGGAGCUUUAUGUGUACAGAUCACUUCCGCUCGGCCAAGAUCGAAGACGCAACCGUUAUUGGCGGUUUUCGGCAUCCGCCUCAAGGAACGAUCCUGGUUGUGGUAGGAUAUUCGUUGAACUUCAGGAUGGUCAAUGGAGACUCAUUGAUUCAGAAGAGGGCUUUGACUGUUUGGUGAAGUCACUAGAUGUCCGUGGUGUACGUGAAUCACAUCUGCAUUUCAUGUUGCUAAAGAUCGAAGCUUCUUUUAAAGAAGCAGUGAGGAGUAAUGUGGAGACGAGUACCGGCUUAGACUUGGAUUCUGAUACUGCGGAGAUCUCCUCAACGUUUAAGAUAGAGCUAGGGGAUGGUGACAGAAUCGGAGUGUUGCAACGGUUCCAGAGUUUUGAGAGAUGGAUGUGGGAUAAUAUGCUUCAUCCUGGUGUGUUAUCCGCGUUUAAGUACGGUGCCAAGAAGAGCACUCCGCUUUUCCACAUUUGCAGAAGCUGUGCGGAACUAUACUUUGCAGGAGAUGUUUGCUGCCCUGGUUGUGGUCAGAUGAUGCCUUGUGGUUUGGAUGAUAGUGAGAUGUGUUUCGCUGACCAAGUGGCUCAACUCGGUGAAAUUUUGAGAAGAGACGCUGGAUUCAUAUUACGUGGCUCGAUGUUGGUUCCUCUCAAGAUAAGACUACUCAAGAUUCAGUUAGCACUUGUUGAAGCUUCUCUUCCCCUGGAAGGACUUCAAACUCAUUGGACAGAGAGUCUCAGAAAAACUUGGGGUCUUAAGCUGUUGUCAUCAAGUUCCCCUGAAGAACUUCAUCAGGUUCAAUGUUUUUCCCCAAAUUGUGCAUUGAUCUUUCUUUCGGACAGUGCUGAUCCCAUCGUCUUGGUUUCAGGUUCUGACGAUGUUAGAGGUGGCGCUAAAGAGAGACUUCCUGUCUUCAAACUUUGAAACAACUUGUGAACUCUUGGAUUUAUCAGAAGAAGCUCUUGUCAGAGAUGUUAAAGUAGUACCGUGGAUACCGAACACCACGGGAGGUGUAGCUUUGAGACUCUUUGAACUCGACAGCUCCAUUUCUUACACACCUGAUCAAAACAAGGAUCCUCAAAAAGACAAAGAAUCUGAAGAUUUUGUAGGUUUGGAGACGAAUUUUCUUAGGAAUGUUCAAGAACAGGACGUAAUCGAGGCUACUCCGGUGCAAGUUGCUUUCGCUCAAGAAGACACGGAGCCUGGUUCAGGUAGAGGUCGACCACCACGAGGACGUGGCCGGCCUCGUUCCCAACGUGGCAAGAAACCAUCGCUGGCUUCUGGUAAACCACCGCGAGGUGCAGCAAACUCAAAUGAUGAACCAAUGUUGAGGCCGAAAGCUCAACCAUGUGGGGGUAGAAAGAAAGGACGACGCAGCGGCACCAGGACAAGACCGACGAAAGGAACACUCGGUAUAUCCAAUGAAGUAGUAUUAGGAGGACGUCGGGGUAAGGAAGUGAAUGUAAAUGCCAAAACCGCUCUUCACGAUUGGGUGGAAACGCCUGAUGAUGAUGAUGAAGAAGCUAGCAGCUCGGGGAGAUCGUUUCAGUACGAUGAUGUGAUGGCUCCGGUUGAUGACUUUGGGGAAUCAAGUAAAUUAGUAGGUAGAGGUGAGUUUAGUUUACAUAGUGAUGAUGAAUACGAAGAAGAAGAAGAAGACAUGGACACGAAAAUGAAUGUUGAUGAUGAUUACAUAAACGAGGAUUCUGAUGGUAGAGAGCAGCCGCCGGAGAUGAUAAGCAUGGAUGCAGCUCGGAGAAAGUUUCCGUUUGAAGAUCCUGAUCUUACAUCUUCAUCUUCCUCUGAUUUUCAGUGACUAAUUAGAGACAGGAAACUACUCUGCGUGUCUUUUUGUUUGUUGUAUUCUUCCAGGUUUCUUAGUUUAAACAUUUAUCAUUAACCUUUUUUAAAAAGAAAAUGUAACAUCAGUGUGAUCUCUUCAUCGUAAAAGCUUCUACUGUUAUAUCGGAAAUGAGUAAGAAUCAUUAUUGCAGGUUUUGUAAGGUGAGUUUUUUAGGGGAAUAUAAGAAAUUGUUUAAAGUAGUAUUUUAAAAUAAUGUUACAACGAGUACACAUUAAGAUAUAUAAUGGUGGUGUAAUGAUAUAUGGUCAUCGU